AUUCAAACUACCCGCAGUCAGCUGAAAGUUCUCUGUUGCUGUAAGCAAACAUGCCAGCAAGAUCCACUGCUCAGCUGGCAUGGCUCUGCAUUGUCACUCUGUCUGUGGCAAUCUAUCCAGCACUGCUGCAGAAGCCUCCUAAAAGGAGAACAAUCAAUGGGAAUGCACAGUCCAAGAUGACAGUCUGCUGUGAUGAGAUUAAGGAGCUCAAAUUGCAAGUAGCCAACCUGAGCAGAAUGCUGCAGGAGCUGAGCAAGAAGCAGGAAGGUGACUGGGUGAAUGUGAUCAUGCAGGUGAUGGAGCUGGAAGGGAGCACCAAGCAGAUGGAGUCCCGCCUCAUUGAUGCUGAGAGCAAAUACUCCGAAAUGAACAACCAAAUAGAUAUCAUGCAACUCCAGGCAGCUCAGACGGUCACACAAACUUCAGCUGUAGAUGCUGUCUAUGACUGUUCAUCACUUUACCAGAAGAACUACCGAAUUUCUGGUGUUUACAAGCUACCUCCUGAUGAAUUUUUGGGGAGUCCAGAUCUGGAGGUGUUCUGUGACAUGGAAACAGAUGGAGGUGGCUGGACUGUCAUCCAAAGACGUAAAGUCGGUCUGACAUCUUUCAAUAGGGACUGGAAACAGUACAGGGAAGGAUUUGGCAAUAUUCGGGGAGAUUUUUGGCUGGGAAAUGAAAAUAUCUACCGACUUUCAAGACGCCCCACUGUUCUGCGAGUGGAAUUGGAGGACUGGGAAGGUAACAUACGCUAUGCGCAAUAUAAGCAAUUCACCCUGAGCAAUGAAAUAAAUAGCUAUCGUCUUUUUGUGGGAAACUACAGUGGCAACACAGGGCGUGACUCCCUAAGGUACCACAACAACACAGCCUUCAGCACAAAGGACAAGGACAAUGACAAGUGUGUGGAUGAUUGUGCCCAGUUCCGUAAAGGUGGAUAUUGGUACAACUGCUGCACAGAUUCCAAUCUGAAUGGGGUUUACUACCGCAAAGGAGAACACACCAAGAAUAUGGAUGGCAUCACCUGGUAUGGAUGGCAUGGAUCAACCUAUUCAUUGAAGCGAGUUGAGAUGAAGAUCCGGCCAGAGGAUUUCAAACCAUAGAGGGAACCAAUAUUUGAUUGUACAGCUACAUGAUGCCACUGCACAGAAGGUGGGCAAUGGACAGAUCAAAAUCAGCCAAAUAAUUGCUCAUUUCAUCUAUGCACAACAGCUACAUACUGGCUACGUACACACACAAAUGCUAAGGUACACUAAGCACCAGCCACAGCCACUAGUGUUAUCAGGGCUCAAACUUAUUUCCUCCUCUUAUGGCUCUUUCCAAAGGGAAAAAUACUGUGUUAGAGUA